AGCAUUUGAAGAAGAAAGCAAAAAAUCGAGCCUCACUUGAAGGAUCUAUAUGUGAGGCUUAUAUUAUCGAGGAAAUCUCCUCGUUUUGCUCAUGGUAUUUUGAGCCUGUUGUGCGAACAAGAUUAAAUAGAGUGCCACGUAAUGAUGAUGGGGGAGACGUGGACUCUCAGGGUCGUCUUUCAAUUUUCACUCAUCCUAGGCGAGCUUUUGGUCCAUUAUAUAAAUCUCGAUUUUAGAUGAGGAUGAGUUUUAUGCUACUGAACUAUAUGUUUUAAUGAAUUGUGAAGAGAUGGUCCCAUAUAUAAAGAUGUUUGAUGAAAUUAUCAAGGGAGAUGUUAUGCAUAUAUCGGAAGAUGAAUUGGAGAAAGUACGUGAUGCAAGAUUCAUUAAAUGGUUUAAAAAUUAUGUUGCAACACGUGCGGAUGAAAUUGACCCACGUAUACUUGAAAUCUCUCAUGGUCCAGGAUGUAUGAUAAGGUGUUACAAAGGAUACUUUGUAAAUGGUUUCAAGUUUCACACCCUAGAUUACGGCCAAAAUCGUAAGACAAUGAAUAAUGGGGUUUGCAUAAAAAGGAGUUUUUACAAUGAUUAUGAGUGUGACUUUUAUGGUAUUUUAGUGGAUAUAAUUGAGUUGGAGUAUUUUGAAAUCAUAAAUAAAGUUGAGCUAUUUAAGUGUCAUUGGUUUAACACUGAAAAAGGUAUUAAGGUAGAUCUUUUGCAUGGUCUUGUUGAAAUUAAUGCAACUCAAUAG